GGUCACGUGACUAAGUGCGGAAGUGGAGUCAGCUGACGGAGGAGCUCGGUUUAGCUCGAUGGCUAACGGCGUCUCUUUCUAGGUUGUAUUUGUCGUUGCUGUGCGGACUCUGGUAGCAGUUAAUUGACUGAUAUUUUCAAAGGAGUCUUUCCGAGACUGGUCCGAAAAGAUGAAGUUCCUGUUCGGUGUCGAGGCUUUCUGUUUGGCGUGUUUUGUUCUACUCAGUCAGGUGUCGGCAAAGAAUUCAGAAGACAUCCGCUGUAAAUGCAUCUGCCCACCCUACAGAGAAGUGGAAGGACAGAUUUACAAGCAAAAUGUCUCCCUCAAAGACUGUAACUGUCUUCAUGUGGUGGAACCGAUGCCAGUGGAUGGCAAAGAUGUUGAGGCCUACUGUUUGCGCUGUGAGUGUAAAUAUGAAGAAAGAAGCUCGGGGACUAUUAAGGUUACCAUCAUAAUUUAUCUUUCCAUUCUGGGCCUGCUGCUGCUCUACAUGGUCUACCUGACUCUCCUGGAGCCCAUGUUGAAGAGGCGACUGUUUGGACACUCUCAGCUAAUCCAAAGUGACGAUGAUGUUGUCGGGGACCAGCAACCUUUUGCCAAUGCUCACAAUGUCCUGUCCCAUUCACACUCCCGAUCCAAUAUGCUAAACAAAGUGGAGCACGCCCAGCAGCGCUGGCGGAGGCAAGUCCAGGAACAGAGGAAGUCUGUGUUCGACCGCCAUGUUGUUCUCAGUUAAACGGCUUUCUGAGCUGUUGGUGGAGGUGAAACAGGACAAACAGUCUGAAGAAAAAAAAAACACACUGUGAAAGAGACCCCAGAUUAAUUUGGCUGUACUCUUAUUUAUGGCUUUGGUUUUGACGUGAACAUGGUACAGAAAUGUGGAUCUUUGAAGCAGAGGUCACCGGGAGCUGUUGUUUAGUCUAUAGAAAAAUUACAAUGGCUUUUGAUUUUGCACAUGCUCAAACGAACAAGAAUAAAUAAAUUACUCUGCGACUCAAAUUCAAGUUGGAGUUGUCUGUCUCAAGCACUCCAACACUCCUCAUUCAGGUUUACAAGCUCAAUGUCAACAACUGGAUCAAUCAGUGGUCAGUAUUUGCACCAUAGAACUUUAACACGACAUAAAACAACUCAUCUCAUUGCAGAGGAACUGAACGAGUGUGGCGUAUCUGAGUUUUCAACCUUCUUUGGGAAAGCAUGUUUUGUAAUGGCUCUUUUUUAUAAGUAUUUCUCUAUCCGUUUGUCCUACCAGUUUAAUGUCUUACAAAUGGUGAAAUGUUUCUUGCAUACAUGAAAUCUAAUAUUUGGACUUGGUGUAAUUGAACUCUGCAGAAUUCGAUAGUGACAUUAUCGUUAACAUAGCUGUGUUACUGAUUCUGGCCCUCAUGAAGUCCGUGCCGUCUUUGUGUAAUGUAUUUACUGAAUAGGCUUUGAUAUACUUUGUGAUUGGUUUAGCUUCUGAUCCCUAAUGAAAUCCUUGUUGUCAGAGGCUGUGUGGAUGCGGCAGGGUGGAGUUGCACUCAGACCUAUGAAGUUCAUUUUGUAUAAAGUUUGGGUGGCGGAGAUGGUCCUAAAAGUGGAUAUACAAGCACCGGACGGAGGGCGACCCACGGAAGUGUUCUUAACUAUUGUUUAUGUGUAACCUUUGACUUUAAAAUAAAUUUAUGUUAAAUAUC